GUAGUUUCUUUAAGGAACCUGUGCUGCAACCUAUGUUUUUAAAGCGUCCCUAAGGCGACGCCUAGGCGUCGAAGCGCUCCCCCUCCGCUUUGGAAAAUUGACCGCUUUGGGCGCCUAGGCGCCAACGCGCCCCCCUCCCUAAGGCGGUAAGGCGUCGCCUUAAAAACAUAGGCUGCAACAUUCAAACAACUGGCCCAAAUAAUGUUAUUAGCAUGAUCAUAGUGAUUACCAUGUCAGUUGGAGAUUUUGUGUAGUUGCUCACUUGCUCUUAUGUUUUGCAUUUGGAACCUCAUUCAUUUUUCCCUCAUUAACAAGUCUUUCCCCUCAGUUUUGGCUGUGUUAAAGAUGAUUAGUUUAAAAUUGCAAUAACGAUCACCCUGUGCCUAUCCCAUCCUAUUAUUAGUUGGAGGCACGGUCAAUAUUUAAGGCUCUAUCUGUCUAUGCAUUAAACUUGUGAGUGCUCGAGUUUUAGGAAACCAAAGACGAACUGGGUAGCUCAGUGGCAGUGUAUCAAACCAGAAUUAUUCCAUUGAAAAAGACCAAUGUUUCCUGUUCCCUACUCUAUGCUCAACUGCUCACUACCAAACCGAUGGUUACGUCAUAUGCCGUAAUAGAGUCAGAAUUCCUUUUUCUUCCGAAUUGCUACCACUAUGGAAAUGUCAGGAAUCUGUGGUCUCUAUGAAAGGAAAAUCAGGGAUAUCAACCCAAUGAUCCCGAACAUAACCUAUGACAUCACCGACCUGUACAACUUCAUCGACGGCCUAGCUGACAUCAGUGUGCUAGUCUAUGAUCAUGAAAUCCAUGCGUUUCUGCCGUAUGACUGGCAGUGGAUAAAGCAGAAGUUGUUUCAGCACCUUAAGAAGCUGGCUCAAAGAUAGUGACUGGACCUGUCUGUCAACGACUUCAACGAGGACGAGAUCGAGGCUUGAGCUCCGCUUCUCUGUCCUGUCCACAGCAAGUUAUGCAUGCUUACCUUUUCUCUGCCCAGGUUGAAUCCUGCACCCAUGCUAGCAAUUCAGCAGCCACAAUGGCAUCCGCCGCUAGCUCCAACAACACCGCCACGCCCGACCUCGACCUGGAAGCGCAAGUGCCCACGGUGAGCGAGAUCGCGCGGUCCGUGUUCCCAGGGGCUUCCCCGACGAAGGCGCAGCUCGCAACCUCUCUCUGGGCAGUGGGUUCUGCCAGUUUCGCGUUCGGCAUGAGCACCGCCUUCCACCCGCCGCAGGCCGGACCAAUCUUCGGUCCUGUUUUCUGCUACCUCAUCCUCGCCGUGGUCGUCGCCACCGCCGCCGCCGAGAUGGCGACGUCCAUCUUUCUGCACAUCCCGGCCCUCUCCGGCAAGCCGCGCCUCCAGGCCUUCGCGAGGCGUCUUCUGCCGUGCGGGUACCUUGUCCUCCUCGUCUCCGUCUCCGCCAGCGGCCUCGCCAUCCCAUUCAAGCCCUGAUGACCCAAGUACUACACGCUAGUCCAAGCUAGUCAAGAGUCCGGUGCUGCAAGUGGUAUUGUGGAAAUAUAUGCGGAGGUGAGUUGGUCCUACAAAUAAUCCUAACCGGUUCUGGCAUCUUAGAGAACACGGAGUGUUGUUCGAUCGAGUAUAUAUAUCUGCUUUGCUAUGCUAUAUGCUAGUACUAGUUGCUAGGUGCAGGCUAGGUUGGCCAUAUAUUUACACAUGUGUAUAUGAUUCUUUUAUCUCGCCAAAAAAAAGUAUACAGGAUUCUUUUAUGGUGGUUUUGUAUGUAUAAUUCUUUGCAUCAGGGUAUCUGUACCGUGAUAAUUAGAAGAAAUAAAGAGAUUCCGUGUGUUUUUUUU